AUGAAACUUAAAUCAGUAUUUAAAAGGAUUUUCCACAGCGAAACAGAACUCAAUACUAGAAUCUUAUAUACUUUAAUCAACGAAUUCGACAUCGAGCUUGGAAAACUAGGAAAAAUAGAGGGCCAGCAUUUUUAAAAAUCAAUUGCUUAAGAAUUUGAGAAUCAUCAGUAGUUCAACAGUAAUAGCAACAACAACAAUUCAAAGCUCAGGUAAUUGAACCUUAACUAUCUAUCUCAGGAGACUAGCCCCAUUGAGAUAGUUGUUAACAAGAGCAAGUAAAAUUCAAAUUAAGUUUUUUCUCCGAAAGCUAAUCGAAAUGAAUCUAUUGGAACUUUAAAAAAGUUGAUCCAAGAAAGAGCAGACACCGGUAAACUUAUAGAAAUCGAGCAUGCAAAAAUAGCAAUGAACCUAAAUCCAGUAUAGCAACUGCAAAAGACAAGGCAAAAUAUUAAUUUUAGCCCAUUUGAAAUGAAAAGUACAGAUGUACCUAGAAAGAGGAAGAUUAGCUUUGGAAGUAUUUCAAGCUUUUAUCAACAUUUAAACCCCAAUGUUCAACCAAUGGAUCCAUUAAACAAAACCAUUUAUAAAUAACUAGAACAAAAGGAAGGUAUCAUUUUAAAAAAGCUAAGCACAAACUUUAACAGCACAAAUAAUAGCAAUAAUCAUCAUUAUGUUCAUUUUCCUGCCAAUAUAAGUCCAAUUAUAUAAAUGACUCACAGAGUUCAAAUGAACACUGAUAUGUAGAUUAAAAAAAAGAGCAGCUAAAGAGCAACUCCAAUUAAAAUUUUUAAAAAUAACAUUAUCCAAGAAAAUCUCAAACUAAGUUAGCGUAGCUACGUCUUUCCAUCAUUUCAUGAAACAUCUUAGCUUCGUUAGAUGCUGAUUGAUAAAAUUCAUCAUAGAAAAUACAAAUUGGAGGCUCGCAAGUUACAAAAUUAAAGUGUGGAUUUAAAAAAUUAAACUCCAAGUUUUAUAAUAAGUGCUUAGAGUGAUAUUCAUUCAAAUAGGAACCAAUAUAAACGAUUUUUCGAUUUAAGCGUCAGAAGAAAUAAUAUUAAUAAUCAUGACCAAUCCUACCUCAAUUACAACGAUUUGUGA